CCAGCCCGAGCAGGCCUGCCGGGCUAGCUGGGACAUGUCCGGUCCCCGAGGACAGCUGGGGGGCGAUGGCAGCGGCAGCGACAGAGGAUCUGGAGCCAGAGGCUUCAGCGGACACAGAUGCUUCAGAAGACCUGCGGGAUGCAGGGAACAGGCCACCAUCACCGCAGCCGUCCUGGCCACCGCUGGACGGCAACCGACUGAGCCUCCACCUGUACCCCGGAGGCUGCCAGCGGCUGCUGCACCUGUGUGCGGCUCCUCACCCCCAGCUGCUGGAGGUGCAGUUCCUGCAGCUCAGCGGCCACGAGGACCCCUCACUGCUGGCCGCCGCGCUGGCCCAGGUAGCCCAGCACCUGCCUCGUCUGCGCUCCCUGGUCAUCAAAGGGGGUCAACACUGGGCUGCCACGAGUGGCGUCUGUCGCCGGGGCUCCCUGGCCACGCUGCCCGCCAGCCUCAAGGACCUGGCCGGCCUGGUGCACCUGGAUGUGAGCUUCAAUAACCUGGAACAGCUGCCUGGCUGUGUCCCGCACAUGAGCGGCCUGCAGGCCCUGCUGCUAUCCCACAACCGCCUGGCCGAGCUACCCGCCGCCCUGGGUGUCCUACCCGCUCUCACCUUCCUGACCGUCGCCCACAACCGCCUGCGAACGCUGCCCCCCGCGCUGGUGGCCGCCACCACCCUGCAGAGUCUCGACCUCUCUGAGAACCUCCUGGAGGAAAUCCCCGACGAGAUCGGGGACCUGAGCCGCCUGCAGGAGCUCAACCUGGCCAGCAACCGGCUGCGCCAGCUUCCGACCUCCCUGGCGGCACUUCGGGACCUGCGGUUCCUGGUUCUGCACAGUAACCUCCUGGUGUCCGUGCCCCCUGGCCUGGCCAGCCUCCCGCUGCUUGUCCGGCUGGACCUGAGGGACAACCAGCUUCGGGCGGUACCCGCUGAGCUCCUGGACGCCCCGUUUGUUCGCCUGCAGGGGAACCCCCUGGGGGAAGCAUCUCCAAGUCCCCAGAGCCCCCCAGCAGACCCCGAAGUCCCGGAUAUGCCCAAGCUUUUCCUAAGCACCGACGCGGACAGCUUCCCUGUGACUCCCAGUGGCUGCGCCGUGACCCUGGCAUGUGGGGUCCGCUUGCAUUUCCCAGCGGGCGCCUUGGCUGCCCCCCUCACCAUCUGCUUCCGUCUGCACCGCCCAGAACCCCACCUCGUGCAGCUGGGCCCCCACGAUGCCCUUCUGAGCUGCGUCCUGGAGCUGCAGCCCCACGGAGCUGCCUUCCGGCAGGACGUGGGCCUGUGGUUGCUCUUCGUGCCCCCGCGGGCCCAGCGGUGCCGGGACGUGGUGGUCAGAUCCCUGAGCAACGGCCACUGGAGUGACCUGGAGACCCACCUGGAGGAGGAGGCGCCCAGGAGGCUCUGGGCUCACUGCCAGCUGCCCCACUUCUCCUGGUUCCUGGUCGUGUCUCGCCCGGCCUGCAAUGCCUGCCUGCUGACGCCAGAGGGUGCGCUUCUGAGCUCCUCGGGACACCCCGGGGUCAAGGUCAACUUCCCCCCUGGGGCCACCAGGGAGCCUCAGCACGUGAGCCUGCAGGUGGUGCGUGUCAGUGGCCGUGAGCUGCGGGAACUGCGUGUCCUGUUGCAAGAGCCUGAGGCCAACACCAGCCCCUUGCUGUCCCUGUCACACAGUGGGCCACCUGACUUCCUGCGGCCCGUCACUGUGCAGCUGCCCCUUCCUGCCGGCCUCACUGGCUUCACCCUUGACCGGUCCCGUCUGCGCCUGCUGCACCGGGUGCCCCCUGCGGCCUCCUGGGAUGACAUCACUGCUCAGGUGGCCCUGGAGCUCAGCCACUUGUACGCCCGCUUCCAGAUCACCCACUUCUCCUGGUACUGGCUGUGGUACACCACCAAGGCGUGCGUGGGGGGCCUGGCACGCAAGGCCUGGGAGCGGCUUCGACUUCACCGCGUCAGCCUCAUUGCCCUGCAGAGACGCCGUGACCCGGAGCAGGUGCUGCUGCAGUGUCUUCCCUGCCACAAGGUGGACUCGGCCCUGCAGCGGCUGUUGCGGCGUUACCACGGCCCCGAGCCUUCAGACGCGGUGGGCAUGUUCGAGGGGGAGCAGUUCUUUGCUUCCUUUGAGAGGGGCAUCGAGGUGGAUGCUGAGCGGCCAGACUGCGAGGCGGGAAGGGUGUCCUUUGUCUUCUACGCGCACCUGCGGAAUGUCAAGGAGGUUUAUGUGACCACCAGCCUGGACAGGCGGGAACAGGCCGUCAGGGGCCAGGUGUCUUUCUACCGGGGUGCUGUGCCCCCAGAGGUGCCUGUGGAGGCCGAAGCCGCCCGACAGAAGAAGGCGGCAGAUGCCACAUGGAUGGCCACGUUGCCCAUCAAACUUCCGAGACUCCGGGACACAGAGGGGCCCCGGGACGCAGAGGGACCCCGGCAGGCUCCGGGCAUCUCCCUGGCACCCCUGCGGCUGGGUGACGCUGAGAGUGGCUUCCUGACCCAGACCAACCUGCUAAGCGUGGCCGGGCGCCUGGGUCCUGACUGGCCGACCGUGGCCCUGCACUUGGGUCAGCCCUACCGCGAGGUGCAGCGCAUCCGCCAUGAGUUUAGGGACGACCUGGAUGGACAGAUCCGCCAUAUGCUGUUCUCCUGGGCCGAGCGCCAGGCUGGCCAGCCGGGGGCGGUGGCCCAGCUGCUCCAGGCCCUGGAGCUCAGCGAAAGGCAGGACAUCGCCGAGGAGGUGCGCGCGGUGCUGGAGCUAGGCCGUCGCAAGUACCAGGACAGCAUCCUGCGAACCGGCCUGGCGCCGCUGCCCUCGGAGCCGGCUCAGGCCUAG